AUGGCGCCUAAGAUCGACCCGAACGAAGUCAAGAUCAUUUACCUCCGUACCACUGGUGGUGAGGUCGGUGCUCCCUCGGCUCUGGCCCCUAAGAUCGGUCCGCUCGGUCUGUCGCCGAAGAAGGUCGGUGAAGACAUUGCCAAGGCCUCGAGCGAGUGGAAGGGUCUCCGUGUGACCAUCCAGCUGACUGUCCAGAACCGUCAGGCUGCUGUGGCCGUUGUGCCGUCGGCCUCGUCGCUGGUCAUCAAGGCCCUGAAGGAGCCGCCGCGUGACCGCAAGAAGGUCAAGAACAUUAAGCACGGUGGCAAUAUCCCUCUGGAUGAGAUCAUCGAGAUUGCGCGGACCAUGCGCUUCAAGUCGUUCGGUCGCAACCUCGCCGGCACCGUCAAGGAGAUCCUUGGUACCUGCCAGAGCGUUGGCUGCACUGUCGACAAGCAGCCCCCGCACGAUGUCAUUGAGGCUAUCGACGAGGGUAACGUCGAGAUCCCGGAGGAGUAA